AGUUCGUGUGAAACCCCGUGCAUAUCGUGAAUCGGUAUUUAUUUAUACAAACAGUUAUAAAUUAUGGAGUAAAAAGGUGUGAAGGAUUAUUUUGUCAAAUAUAAAGCAAUUUCAAUAUGGCUGAACGAAUAUAUCCAGGUUUUCAUCGGUCGGCAUUUGACAGAUUCAUACCCUUCCGACCGGACUUGGAUGUUGAAAAGUCAAACGCUAGACUCAUGUCGCGUUCACCAGACCGUACGGAAAAGGAACUCGGUCAGAUUAAGAGUCCAGUCGGAAGACAUUACACUCGGCUUUUCUCAGAAUCAAUGAAUGGAGGAGAUGGUAAAAUAUUGCCAAUAUGCAGGACACCGGUUACAAGUCCUUUCAAAAAGCGACUGACACAACUAUUUCCUACAAGUCCAGACGAAGGUUACGGUUCUCCAUCAAUCGGAAAACUCCGAAGAAUUCCGACAUCACCAGAAUGUGUUAUGGACAUGUCACUACUCCGGGACGAUUUUUAUACAAAUGUGUUAGAUUGGAGCGACAAGAAUUUAAUUGCCCUUGCGUUGUUCCAAUCAGUAUACAUAUGGAACGCCAGCUCGAAAGACUGUGAAAGAAUGGAAUUACAUUUUGCCGAAUCAAACAGCUAUAUACCGGCAUUAUCCUGGAGUCCAAGAGACCAAGUAUUGGCAAUCUGUGAUAACGACGGCGAGAUAACGAUUUGUGAUGUAGAAAAGAUGCCAAUCUAAGAGUAAAAAUUUGUUCCACUGAGACCAAAA